AUGUCGUCCACCCACAACCUGUCAGGACUCCCCACCCCGGACAACACCCCUCCGGCGCUGAAUGAGCCCUCUACUCCCAAGCCAGUAUCCCGCAAGCGUAAGAGCGUCAAUGCUGGAAAGGAGGCGCUGGGUACCACUGACACGACAGACUGGGAAGUGCCAGUCUCGUCGGAAGAUGAAAAGACAAUUGUUGUCAUCGUGAAGAAGAAGCGUAAGCGGGCCGCCGCAGAAUCCCUCGAUUUCGACCCGGCAGUGGUUCUCCGCACAACCUUUGCAGACCUCGAUCCUCUGCCUCUCUUCGAACUGGACCCAAGAGAGUCUUCUCCGGAAACGGAAUAUUCAUACGAAGCUGACUCCAACUCCGAUGGGGAUUACGAGCCCGAGGAUAAGGACGAGUCUCCUUCGGCCGCCCAAGUAGCGCAACUGAUGGGCUCCAUCAUUCCGAGACCCGUUAAGCCACUCAAGUAUCUACUCGGAAGUCUGACAUACGACAUCUUCGCGAGCAUCAAAUACGAUUCCGCCAAGCAGAUCAAAUUUGAUAUCACUGCUAUCCACGUCGUUGACCGUGACAGCAGCGAUCGUGAGAGCAACGAAAUCAAGCGACUGGUCCGGGCUAACCCGAAUCACAAGAGGCUCUCAAUCGUCCGCCAAGACCGCCGCUUCCUUCUUCGCACGGGGAGACACAUCUCUGCUGUGGAGGACCGGCAGUUCAUAAUCUACGGCGACUACCUCUCCCGCGUCGAGUACAACUCUUCAAACGCGACCGGAUGUAUCAUCUUUGCCUGCAUCCCCGAAGUCGCCAAGAAGCGCGCUGCCAUCGAAGGAUACCUGUUUACUAUGCCUUCCCCCGAAGUCACUGUCCGAUUCAGCAGCCGCGAUGCCUUGUGGUCAUUCUUGGCGGUCCUCCGGGCCGAUUUUAAGGUCAAAAUUCGGGAGCCGACGGACGCCAACGGUGACGCUACACUGGUACUCCCCGAAGAUUGGUUGGUCUGA